AUGACUACACCUAACACUACGCCGCAUGCGCAAAUCAUCCCUGGGAAGGGACUCGGCUUCAUCAUCUUGGGCGCAUCGCUUCAUAACGUCCUUACUCGAGUCAAGUCCUAUCCUCAAACCUAUCCUGCUAUCGACCUUGCCUAUUCCUCUACAGAUCCGCUUCGCAAACCGGUGGUACUGCAGUUACCUUCAAAUGGCUUGCGCCUUCGCUUCGACGGCCCCGACCAGAGGCUGCGUUUGAUCGAAGUUCUGGACUUCGCUCGAGUGAAUCUUGUCUACAAGAAUCAGGAUGUAGUCAAAGGUGGAAAGUCAGCAGAACAACCCGUGUCUUCGCACGGCCCUAGCUUCCGGCACGUCUACAAUCGCCUGUUUGGUCCCUCAUACCCAGGAGAAUACGUACCACCGGUAGACCAGUCCCCAUAUGGCACCUAUGUGCUUUCAUAUCCAGGAAUCGCGUUCUCGUUUCCCCUUCAACACUCGGCCUGGUCCGACCAGUGUGACUUUGUAGCGCUCUUGUCCUCUUCGGCUGCCUUGCCGGCCACGUCCAUGUCUAUUUUCCAAGGGUCAUCAUGGCCCGAGGUUCGCGCCAAAUUAUUCACACAGCAGCCACAGUAUCCGCGUUCAUCGGCUUUGAUUGGCAAAUCCCGAGAUUCGCUCGCGGAUGAACUUGAGGAGUGGCAUAUUCUCGGGGCCGGGAAAAUUCAGGACCUCAUUGCAGACUUUGGGCCACCUGACGCAAUCUACCGUAAGAAUGAUCGCCGAAUCUCGAUCCAUCGUGCAACUGGUGGCGGAGACCUUGGUACCUCUCCAGGCAGAGGAAUGGACAUUCCAGAUGUCGACCACUCAUCUACUAACAGUCUAACCGAUGAGUCAGACGAUGACCUGGCAACCUUCAAUGCCGGGGACCCUACGUCGCUACCUGCAGAGUGCUUUAUGAAUUACUUCCACCAUGGAUUUGAUGCCUUUAUUUCAUACCCGACAACCCCCGGACCGGCUUUCCCUGCCUCAGAUCUACCGGAUCCGUCACCCCCGCCGCCAUCUGCACAGUUGACAGUAACCAAGAUCGUCCUUCAUGGAAACGUUCCAGGCUCUUAUCCGUUCAAUCGUCAUCGCCGGAGUCGCUGGCUGCUUCCUCUGGAUAACUCUCGCGAACCCCUGACCUCGGAAUCGCCUUAUGAUGAAAUCUCAGAACGAUUGCGCGCUACUUGGAAAGGAACAUAUGCCAACCCUACCGAGGAGCGUGCUUUACAGCGACCAAUGGUGCUAAACCGUGGAUGGGGAGACAGCCCCGAAAGCAGCGUGGAAUUCCUUGGUGGGUGGGAGGAGAGUACAGGCAAAGGACCUCGGACUGGUGCAGACGGUCAGGAUGGGGGAUUGGGCAACACCGAGCUAUUUGGUUUUCCGGGGCUUCUAUUUGAAGUUCUCAAGAACGGCGCCGUGAGUUGCUUGACAGUUUACUGA